GUGGAGGGUUUUCGAAAGCUUCUUAUAUCCCUUCUUCUGGUCGCGGCGGAUUCCAUUCCAUCGCCAGUAGUACUCAUCACUCGUCUUCCAACUGCGUGUAACUGUGUGAAAGAGGAAGGAUUUUUUACUAGGGAGGAGGAAGUGGAAUUGCUGGUGGUAGCGGCGGCGUUAGAUCUGAUAAGAAGUAUGGGUAGCAGAGGCGGCGGCGGAGGAGGAGGAGGAGGUAAUAAUGGCGGAGGAGUACAAGGAAUACCGGCGGCGUCUAGGAAGAUGGUACAGAGUCUAAAGGAGAUUGUAAACGGAGUCUCGGAAGCUGAGAUCUACUCUGCGCUUAAAGAUUGUAAUAUGGACCCUAACGAAGCCGUUAAUCGUCUCCUCACUCAAGAUCCUUUUCACGAGGUGAAGAGCAAGCGAGAAAAGAAAAAGGAGUUUAAGGAUACAACAGAAUCCAGGCCUCGUGGUGGCGGUGGUAUCACUUCAAAUCGUGGUGCCAGAAGUGGUGCAGAUCGUUAUGCCGGGCGUGGCGGUUCAACUCAGUUUAGCUCUUCUGAAUCUGGUGGUUUACAUGGAAAACUUAAGAGGGAAAACGGGACAAGUUCUUACACAAGUUCAUCUGCACCAGCUUAUGGAGUUGCAGCAACAAAUGCAAAUCGGAGCCCCCCAACUUUCAGUGGUUCUUUUGGCACUGAAAAUAAAGCAUCAUCUUUCAGUGCAGCCGAUGGUACUGCAACAGUUUCACAGCAGCCAUCCUCUGGAUAUCAAUCUGCUUGGUUGGGUGUUCCUGGUCAAAAAUCGAUGGCUGAUAUUGUGAAAAUGGGCAGGCCACAACACAAGGCUUAUAGUACUCCAAUUUCAUCUCAAAGCAUCAAUCAGAGCGCCUUUAUACAGCCUUCAUCUGCACAUUAUGAGCUGCAUUGUUUGGAGGACUAUGCUUCUAAAGCUCCAGAGAUACAUCCAGAACAUGAUGCUGCUGCAGAUCAAUAUGUUUCUCCUGAUGAUGAAUGGCCCUCUAUUGAGCAGCCACAAUCUGCCGGUGUGCAAUCUAUAUUGGAGCCAUAUGUAGAGUCUGAGCUGAAUGUGGGUCAAUCAAACUUACCAUUUGAAAGAAGCAACCAAUAUGGGGGUUCUCAGACAGAUGAGGCUCAGGAAGAAGAUGAAAGUGUUUUUGAAGAUCACACUGCAAAUCAUGUUGGGUCUGCUUCUGUUUCGAGUAGAAAAUUGCUGGAUGAUACAUCUGGAAGUGCACCUCUAUAUAAUAAUGACUUGUAUAAAAACAUGGAUUCCUUCCACCCUGAGGAACAUGCUUUUGAGCACAAGGAAGUUGAAGAAGGUAAUGCCUCAGCAUCCUCAGUGAGUGCAAACAUGCAGCAACUUAAUAUACAGGAAGAGAGACACUUGGAUGAAUCUGAAGAGGAGGUCCCUUCUGUAGUAAUCCCAAAUCACCUGCAAGUCCAGACUGCAGAUUGCUCACACUUGAGUUUUGGGAGCUUUGGUGCUAGCAUGAAUACUGGGUUUCCCGGAUCUUUUGCAUCUAGGAAGUUGAGAAGCAAUAUAGAAGAGACACCUGCUGAGGCAGAUACUUCAUCUGUUGGGCCCUCUGAAACUAGAAAUUCCGAAUACUAUGGUGAUGAGUCUAUAAUAACAUCAGAGAGCAAUCCUGUCCACCGGGGGGUGCCAAGUUCUGUGAGUUAUGAUUUACCUUCUGCUUCACAGACAGAGGUGUUGAAGCAAGAAAAUUCCGAGGCGACACAUGCGAAUCAAUAUAGUUUUUCUUCGUCUACACCUGUACCUGGUUAUACAUUUGAUAGCACCCAGCUAUUGAACCCUUCUUUCCCUCAAUCUCAGACACCUACACAGAUGCAAAAUGCAACUCCUUUUUCGAAUGUGAUGCAGGCUGCAUAUACAAAUUCAUUACCGAGCACAUUGUUAGCAGCCAAUGGUCAUCCUGUCAGAGAAUCUGAUCUUUCAUAUUCACCAUUUCCUAUUAGUCAGUCAAUGCCCACUAAAUAUGGUAGCUCAGUAUCUUCAAUCAGCGGUUCAACUAUUUCUAUGGCAGAGGCUUUGAAGACCGGGGUUUUCUCAUCAUCUCAACCAACACAACAGACUCCACCUGGGAACACUAUUCCUACAGGACCUGCUCUUCCACAGCACCUUGCUGUGCACCCGUACUCUCAACCCACUCUUCCUUUGGGACCUUUUGCGAACAUGAUCGGCUAUCCAUUUUUGCCUCAGAGUUAUACAUACAUGCCAUCUGGUUUUCAGCAAGCAUUUGCUGGGAACAGCACGUAUCAUCAACAGUUGGCAGCCGUUCUCCCUCAAUACAAAAACAGUGUUUCAGUCAGCAGUUUGCCUCAAUCUGCGGCUGUUCCUUCAGCUUAUGGUUCAUUUGGCAAUUCGACAGCAAUUCCUGGAAACUAUCAAGUCAAUCAACCUGCAGGCCCUGCUGGCUCCACCCUAAGUUAUGAUGAUGUAUUGAACGCCCAUUACAAAGAGAACAGUCAGUUGCUCUCUCUUCAGCAGAACGAGAACUCAGCAAUGUGGGUUCAUGGCGCUGGUUCCAGAACAAUGUCCGCUAUGCCCGCCAGCACAUAUUACAGUUUCCAGGGUCAAAACCAGCAGCCGAGUGGGUUCAGGCAAGCUCAGCAACAGCAGCCUUCACAGAGUUACGGUGGAGCCGCCCUUAAUUAUCCGAAUUUCUACCAUAAUUCCCAGACCGAAUUACAGCAGAAUUCGAGGGAUGGUUCUCUUGUCGGUGGGUCCCAAGGCCAACCAAAACCACAGCAGCAGCAGCAGCAGCAAUCGCAACAGCAACUAUGGCAAAACAGCUACUAAUGGAUUUGGGUUGGCUGAUACCUGACUCGGGUUUUUUCAGGGUCUUGUAAUGAGUUUGAAAGUGGGGUUAAAAUUCAAGUUUGAAAUAAUCGAACGAAAAAAGAGUAGUUGGUUUUAGCUGCUGCUGCCCUGUGCCUUGAGAGAAGGUUGUAUUCUACCGGUGUUUUUUUUAUGGUCACUGUUUGGUUCGGUUAGUUUGAUUUAGGGACAUGCGUGCCUGCUAAUUCUCGUUAGUUUGACUUUUUUUUUCUUUCUUCGUUUCUUUGUUUUGUUUCGUUUGUGGGUGUUAAUUUCUCCUUCAUCGUCAAGUAAUUUAUAGUUUUUGAUGGUGAUUGUGAGCUUCUAAUCUGGUUUUUAUUACUGUGCUAGUUUUAUUUUAUCGACAGCAAGUGUUGUCUUUCUCUUGAUCGUUAUCUUCUCUCUCGAUUUGUAAUUUGAUCUUCGGAUGUAUUUUUGUUUGUGGCAAAGAAGGAUGCAAGGUUGGUUAGGUUCA